UUUACUGUUAUUUCACAGGACAAAUUAGUCCAGAUGUCCACGAUUUCUAAGCACUUUGGACUGAAAUACAAAGAAGAAUCGUACAUCUUUAAAGAGCUUGAGAAAGUUCGCAAGGAGACUAAAAAGGAAUUUCUCCGAUUCAAGGAGAAGUUGGCCUCCAAGCCGGCUGUGGGUGAAGUCCCUGUUUUCGGCCUCCGGGUCCCCGGUCCGGCCCGGCAUGGGGGGAAGUGGAGCGUUUCCCGCGCCAGACCCCAAAAGCCACCAGGCUCCCCUCGGGCCAAAGGCCGUGCGCCCCUCGCUGCGGCCCUCCCGCAGCCGGCGCCCCGAGGCGCAGCGCGGACCCCGGGCCCGAGCGAGGCGGCCGCUUCCGGGAAAACCCGGCCCUUCUGCCCCCAGGACUUCUACUUGCGGAGCUCCGCGUUCCUCCGGCACCGGCCCCAGAAGAAGCCGCCGGUCAUCGCCUCCAGGGCGGGCACGUCCAGACCCGUGGUCCUGAUGCCGCCACCUGCGCCCAGGGGGAAGGUCCGGGCGCACCAGGGCGCCAGGAGCCCACGGCCCGCGGGCUCCAAGCCGGUCCUCGACCCGGCCGGGGGCCGCGACGCGAGCCAGGAGCCGGCUCGGCUCGCGGAGGCCCGCAAGGCCAGAGAGAAGAAGGGCGGCUCCCUGUCCGGAGACGAGGGAGAGUCGGAGGCGGCCGGCCGGCGGAGUGAAGUGAGGAUUCACACCCGCUUCCUGCGCGAGGGCUCGCGCGGCGAGUCGCGGGAAGCCCCCGUGUCGGUUUCCAAAACCGACCGCGAGAGCAAUCCGCCGAGUGACGCGCGGGAGGCCGCACCGCAGGCCCCGCAGCCCGUGCGAGCGCUCCCGGCAUCCAUCGAGAUCAUCGCCUCGCUUCAGUCCGAGGCCCAGCUGGCCUCCGACCCGAGCAUCAAAGAGCUCAUCCAAAGCGUCCUCGGCCAGAACUACGACAUUAAAAUGGAAGAUAUUUCUUUAAUGGGAAAAGUGUACUGGCCAAAAACACCGCAAGUGCAAGCAGAGCAAGGACUGCAGAUAAGUAUUAAGGAACCUCAAAUGAAUGUGCUUGAGAAGCUUCCUGAAGCUGUAUCAAGUACUUUCCAGAUUGAACAAGAGGACGUAUCGGAACGGGGAGUCUCAGAUGCAGAAAGCAUAUUAUUUAAGCCUCAGGAAACUUUGGAAAUUCAGUCAGCAGAUGAAUCAAGUAAACCUUUGGAAGGUGAACAGCCCACUGGUGAUUCAAAAACAACCAAGCAGCUGUCUUUAAAGGUGAAAUCAUCAGAAUUGUUGCAAAUCAAAGGAAAAGAAGUUAAGCGAAGGCGGAAAAGUAAAUUAGGAAUUACACAACAGAGACAAAGAAAGGUUUCAAAGCCCCUGUGUGAUCAAAACCUACCUAAAAAAAAAAUUCCACGAGACUACUCCACUCGGACCCUUCACGAUCUGUGCGCCACUAUCCCAGCCCAAGAGCUGCCCGUUGACUUGCGCCUGGCUUCUCGAGUGUAUCAUACAGCCGACAAGAAAGGCCACAAUACUGUACUUGGAGUAUGUGGAACCUCUUUCUUAGAUGAUCGCUAUACAGAUGAAGAGCAAAGAGAUAGAAUACUGCAAGGAAUUCCUGUUAUGGGUGACAAUCAAGAAUAUGUUGCCGUCCUUCCAACAAGACCAGGGAUACCACCUGAAUUGGCACCAGGAACUGGACGGAGUGCUCACAAACCACACCUACAACUCUCGGGAGAGGAAGUGUCUGCUUAUCCAGGAUUUACCAAGUUGUUUUGGAAUCUGACUUCACCCAAAUUCUCUGUUCCAGUAUCUGUCAUAAAGGAAACCGUAUAUCCAAAAUAUGAGAGUGUGCAAGCAAGCAGAAUUUUAUUUGAGAAAUUUACAUCUGAAAGCAAGGAAAGUGUCAUUACUUUAAAUCAACAUAGGAGAAGUUCUAGGAUGUUUUUCCUAAGAAAAUCAGCCUCAUUUGAAAAUAUCCAAAAAUGUUUCAGCAUGCAAUCUCCACAAUUAAAGAGAGUAAAAUCUGCAGUUGAGUUGAAGAAGGAGACCAUAACUCCAUUAGAGAUUAAGGAUGACAUGCAAAGCAAUAUGAAAGAGGUGAUGUUUCGGAAAACAAAGGAGUUGGAGCACUGGAUGGCUGAGCAAAAUGAAACUGAGGAACCCGUCUCUGUGAAAGAAAAUAUAGAUACUAUCUUAGACAACACGCAGGGCAGAUACAGUUCGAGAGGCCUGUCUCUCUCUCUCAUUGAAGCAUCUAGACAAGCUGGCAUCACUUACAUUGUUUAUCCCAAGAAAAAGAAGAUGAAACUGAAGAAAGGAUUAAGACUCAGUAAACUUACACUUGUGUAUGAUGAGUUAUCCAAGCCUCCAAAAAUUCUUAAAAGAUCAGAGUCUCACGGAAUCCUUCCUGGACAGAAGAAAUUUUUGCUCAAAGUUCCAUUAUAUGAACGUCUAUUACGGUGUCCCAGUCUACCUUUGUGUUUAAAUUUUGACAAAUUUGCCCAAAGUAAAGGAAGAAUUCCAGAAAAUAGUGGUCCUCAAACGUGGGCUCUUGACAUGUUCUCUAAGCCUAAACAAAAGAAGACAACCCCAAGAGAGAAAGUUGUUAAAAUAUCUGUUCAUGAAGACUCGUCUGAAAGAGUGAAAAAAACACCAAAAAUAGAAUUGAGUGAUUCUUUGGAGUCUCGUCUUCCUCCAGCGGUCAUUAGACAUUAUGAAUCCGAAGUGGAGAUCUUGACUGAAGAAAUAAAUAGUAAGAAGAAAUAUCCUGCAUUUUUAUAUUGUAGGCGUGGAGCUCUUUAUAGGAAACUGGGAAAGCUCCAGAGUGCCAUGAAUGAUCUACAGGAAGCUAUACUCUUGGAGCCAUUGUUUCUCAAUGCCUAUUGGCACCGACAUUUCAUUUAUCUUUUCCAAGGCAGAAUUAAUGAAGCUUUGGAUGACUUGAAUUAUAUAAAUAAAUAUAAUAAAAAUAAUGCAGAGGCAUAUAUUUCAAGGGCAGAAAUUUUCAGAGGAAAAAAAGACAGUACUUUGGCAAUUCUAAAUUAUACUCAAGCAAUUAAGUGCAAGCCCAUGGAUGCUGAUAUAUAUUUCAGGAGGGGUGAGAUGUACGAAAUAGAAAACAAAGUACUGGCCAUUGAUGACUUUACUAAAUGUAUCUUUUAUGAUCCCAGAAGAACAGAUGCAUUAUUUAAACGUGGGAUGUUCUACUAUGAAAAUGAAGACUGGAUUGCAGCUGAAGAGGAUUUUACAGCCUUGUUAAAUAUAGACCCCCAAAAUUCUCAAGCAAGGACUUACCGAGGGAGAGUAUAUUUUAAACGGCACUUUUAUAAGCAAGCAACUCAAGAUCUUUCUACUGCAAUUCACUUAGAUCCUAAUAACUGGUUAGCAUUGUAUUACAGAGCCUGCUUAUUUAGGAAGAGUAACCCUCUUAGAGCACUGCAGGAUUAUAGUGUUUCAGCUCUCAUAAAUGACGGCUGUGAGAAUCUUAGCUGCUUCCUGCAUCGUGGCGUACUCUACGCGGAUCUAAAACUUUGGUUGCUGGCAGUUUGUGACUUUGAAGCUGUUAUUUCUCUAGAAAGAACCAUUAUUUUGGCUUAUAUAAAUAUUGGCCUCAUAUAUCUACUACACCUGGAUAACUACAUUGAAGCCACUCGGUAUUUUUCUGAGGCUAUUAGACUUGACCCUAUGUAUAUUCAAAGCUAUAUUUGUCGAGCAGAAGCCUAUCAUAAGUUGCACAAAUUGAAAAAGGCAGUAAGAGAGUUAUCUCGUGCUAUCCACCUUCAGCCAGAUGGAAUCCAAUUAUAUAUAAUAAGAGGACAAUAUCUUCUUAGGAUGAAGUGCUAUGAUCUUGCAAAGUUCACUAUUUACCAAGUAGCAGAAAUGACCAAAGGUCUAAUUGAGUUGAGUCCUAUACAGCAAGCACUCAUUUAUUCAUUUUGUGAGAAACAUGACAAGGCCAUUCAGGUCUUAGAUGGGAUCACUUUGAAUAAGCCUGAGGUCACCAUGUAUGCUCUAUUAGCAAAAGCUCAAAUGAAGGCCAAGAGGAACAAGGAAGCCAUGAGAAUGUUUAAAAAGACGUUGGAUACCUUUUCUCAUUCUGAUAAAGGACGAAAUGCCGUAGCAGCUUCAUCAGACUGUCUGUAUCACUUGGGUCUUUGUUACAUGGAGGAAGGCAACUUACAACUGGCUUUUGAUUCUUUUACAAAAGCUGUGAAAGCAGAUCCUGAUUUUGCAGAAGGCUUUUAUCAACGUGGGCUUUGUAAAGUAAAACUCCACAAGGAUAGUUCAAUCCUGGAUUUUAAUCGUGCAAUUACCCUUGAUCCAAAACAUUACCAGGCAUAUUUAAGUCGAGUAGCCUACUAUGGUUUGAAAGGCAGAUACUCCAAAGCAAUCUUGAGUUGUAAUGAGGCCAUCAAAAUUUAUCCUCAGAGUGUGCGUGCCUACGUCUACAGAGGAGUUCUGAAAUACUACAACAAGACUUACAAACUAGCGAUUACAGAUUUAACUACAGCUAUCAACAUGGAUAAAAACAGUUAUAUAGCAUUUUAUAACAGAGCAUUAUGUUACACCAAGAUAAAUGAACUUCAAAUGGCAUUAACAGAUUAUGGAAUUGUGCUUCUCCUUGAUGCUGGAGAAACUGUGAUGUUAAACGCCUUUAUUAAUCGUGGACUCGUCUACACAGAACUAGAGCAGUUCAGUUUUGCAUUAGAGGAUUUUAAACAAGCUGCACUGAUAAGCAAGACUAAUGCGAGCCUUUGUCAAGCUACUGCCAUGUGCUAUCACAGAAAUAAAGAGUUUGAAGAAGCUGUCAAUUUCUUUACCUGGGCUGUGAAAAUUGAUCCCUGUUUUCUGGAUGCUUACAUCGGACGGGGAAAUUCUUACAUGGAAUAUGGACAUGAUGAGGCCAUCAAACAAGCACAGAAGGACUUUCUGAAAGCACUGCAUUUUAAUCCAGUCUAUACAAAAGCCAGAAUUUGUUUAGGCUAUAAUUUGCAGGCCCAAGGAAAAUUCCAGAAAGCUUGGAACCACUUUACCAUUGCCAUAGAAGUUGACCCGAAGAGCUACCUAGCCUAUGAAGGAAGAGCUGUGGUCUCUCUUCAGAUGGGUGAUAAUUUUGCUGCAAUUCAGGAUAUAAAUGCUGCCAUAAAGAUCAAUACUAGAGCAGAAUUCUUAACAAAUCGUGGUGUGAUUCAUGAGUUUAUGGGUCAACAACAGAAUGCAAUGAGAGACUAUCAAGCAGCAAUUUCUCUAAACCCCACGUACUCGCUGGCUUACUUUAAUGCAGGAAAUAUCUAUUUUCACCACAGACAGUUUUCCCAGGCUAUUGACUACUUCUCAAAGGCUUUAAAGUUUGAUCCAGAAAAUGAAUGUGCUACCAUGAAUCGAGCUAUUGCAAAUACAGUAUUAAAGAGAUAUGAAGAAGCAAAAGAAGACUUUGCACGUGUAGUUGAAAGCUGUCCAUUUUGGGCUGCAGUAUAUUUUAACAGAGCAUACUUCUACUGUUGUUUAAAGCAAUAUGAACUAGCUGAAGAAGACCUAAGUAAAGCUCUUUCUUUGAAACCUAAUGAUGCUCUAGUAUAUAAUCUUAGAGCAGAAGUUCGUGGUAAAAUAGGUCUGAUUGAUGAAGCUGUGGCUGACUAUAACCAAGCAUUAUCUUCAAGAACAUGCCUCAGUGGUAUGACUACAUAGACCAUGGAUUCUGUAGUAGUUUACACAGCUGUUCUUCCAUAAAUUGAAAAGUAUUUGUUGCUUUAAAAAAAGUUUGCACUAUCUUCAUUGUUUUGUGCUUUAUGUUUAGUCUUUUAUAUAAUUCUUUAAUGCAUUUUAGCAACACCUUUUUGUUAUAUAUUAAUUAUAAAACUUUCAGAUCAUUUUCUGCAGAUUUGGAACAACUCAAUAAUUCAGUUUCUUCACAAGGUGUAGAAUUUAAAUGAGAAUGUUUCUCAAGGGACAUAUUAACACAAAAUAUUUUCUUUAAAGUAAAAUAAUUCCUUUUAAAAUAAUACU